GUGAGUAACGUAGGUUCUAAUUAUUUAGGAAAUCCAUUUUUUGGAGCUGCCGGAGCAAAUGCUGCAGCCGGUGCUGGAUCGGAUUAUUACAAGGGUACACAGAAUAUACGAAAGCUUUUCGAUAGAGUUGGAGCUGCUGCUGCAAAUUUGAACAAGGAAUAUUCCCAAACACUUGGGGCUAUCACUGACGCUCAAGCAAAAGCAUUUGGAGGCGCUUCCAAUUCUAUCGCAACUGCAGCUGCCAACGCGAGAUCCCAGAUUUUUGCAAAUCCGUUUUUUGGAAGUUCUCAAGGUGUUGCUAAUGCUGGUACUUUGGGGCAUGCGCCAUUCGGAUACUCCCAGGCGAAUGCGGCUGCAAAUGCAGCUUCUGGAGUCAAUUUCAUGCGAGGAUUAACAGUCAGUGGCGCACAAGCUAAUGGUACAAAUAAUAUAUAUGGACAUAAUGGGGGAGGUCAUGCCAUCUCCGACGGAGCUGCUACAACUGGUACUUUGGGAGGGUUAGAACUCGACCACUCCCAAGCUAAUGCUGCUGCAAAUGCCGCUUCUGGAGUCGAUUUCAUGCUAGGAUUAGCAGCCAGCGGCGCCCAAGCCAAUGCUGGUGCAAAUACGGUAUAUGGGCAUAGUGGGGGAGGUCAUGCCAUUGCUGAGACAGCUGUUAAUGCUGAUACUUUGGUAGGAUUACCACUCGAAAGUUACCAAGCAAAGGCUGCUGCAAAUUCAGCUUCUGGUGUUGAUUUUAUGGGAGGAUUAGCAGUCAGCGGCUCCCAAGCCAAUGCUGGUGCAAAUACCGUAUACGAACAUAGUGGGAGAGGUCAUGCCAGUGCUGAGGCAGCUGCUGCCAAUGCUGGUACUUUGGGAGGGUUAGAACUCGAAGGUUCCCAAGCAAAUGCUGCUGCAAAUGCAGCUUCUGCUGUUGAUUUUAUGGGAGGAUUAGCAGCCAGCGGCGCCCAAGCCAAUGCUGGUGCAAAUACGGUAUACGAACAUAGUGGGGGAGGUCGUGGCAGUGCUGAGGCAGCUGUUAAUGCUGGUACUUUGGGAGGGUUAGAACUCGAAGGUUCCCAAGCAAAUGCUGCUGCAAAUGCAGCUUCUGGUGUUGAUUCUAUGGGAGGAUUAGCAGUCAGCGGCUCCCAAGCCUAUGCUGGUGCAAAUACGGUAUACGAACAUAGUGGAAGAGGUCAUGCCAGUGCUGAGGCAGCUGCUGCCAAUGCUGGUACUUUGGGAGGGUUACAACUCGAAGGUUCCCAAGCAAAUGCUGCUACAAAUGCAGCUUCUGGUGUUGAUUUUAUGGGAGGAUUAGCAGCCAGCGGCAUGCAAGUAAAUGCUGCCACAAAUACAGCUUCUGAUGUCAAUUUCAUGCGAGGAUUAGCAGUCAGUGGCGCACAAGCUGCUGGUACAAAUAAUGUAUACGGACAUAAUGGGGGAGGUCAUACCAUCGCUGAUGGAGCUGCUAAUGGUGGUACUUUGGGAAAUUUAGAAAUCGGGGUUUCCCAAGGAAAUGCUGCAAAUGCAGGUUCUGGUGUUGAUUUCAUGGGAGGAUUUGCAGUCAGUGGCGCACAAGCUAAUGCUGGUGCCACUACUGUAUACGGACUUAAUGGGGGAGGUCAUGCCAUGUCUGAUGCAGCUGCUACUGCUGGUACUUUGGGAGGUUUAGGACUCGGAGAUUCCCAAGCAAAUACUGCUGCAAAUGCAGCUUCUGGAGUCAAUUUCAGUAGAGAAUUAACAGCCAGUGGCGCUCAAGCUAAAGUUGGGGCAAAUAAUAUCUACGAACAUAAUGGGGGAGAUCAUGCCAUCGCUGACGGAGCUGCUAAUGCCGGUACUUUAGAAAAUUUAGAUCUCGGGGUUUCCCAAGGAAAUGCUGCUGCAAAUACAGUUUCCGGUGUCGAUUUUAUGGGAGGAUUUGCAGCCAGUGGUGCACAAGCCAAUGCUGGUACAAAUGCAGCUUCUAGUAUGGAUUUAAUGGGAGGAUUAGCGGCGACUGGUGUAAAUACUAAUGAUGGUUCGAAUGCAUUACAUGGUUCAAAGGGAGGAGGUCAAUUUAACGCUAUUGGUAGUGGAGAUGCUAGCACUGGUACUGGAGACAUAAGUCUUAUACGAAUUUUAGGAUCGUCAGGAACUCAGGUUAAUUCUGCACCUAACUCACGUUCCUUAGAAGGCUGGAGAUUUCAAGGUGCCCAAGCCAACGCUGCAGCGAAGGCAACUUCUGGCGUUGGUCCUUUUGGUUAUUUAGGAUUUACCGGAACUGAGGCUAAGGCUGCUUCAGAUGUACAACGGCGUACUGAUAGUACAGGAUUUGCAGCUCAAGGACCGGGAAGUUUUUCUUUAGCAAAUUCAAACGCAAGAACAUGGAAUUAGCAAAACGAGCUCCGCUUUAAGUUAAGCUUACC